UCCGGAGGGGGCGGCCGCGCUGACUCAGGGCUCUGGAAUGCGCCAGGCUCGCCUGGCCAGCGAGCCGCCUCCUCCGGGCUGGCCGCCGGGCUCCCCUUGCGAGUGUCCGCGGGGGACCCCCGGGGCUCUGGGGGUGAGUCUGGAGGGUAUGGGUGGAGGAUGGAGGGCCGCUGACCCCGCAGGAUGGAGACCCUCGUGGGCGAGUAACCUCUCUAGGAGAGCGUCUUGCAUGCGGGAUGUCAGCGUCGCCCCGCCCCGUCUGCCGCGCUUCCGGCUUGGGCCGUCCCGCCCUCCCAAGCUGCGCGCAGAUGUCCAAGCGCCGGGGAUCCCAGUUUUCCCACAGAAUGGGGCUGAAAAGACAGCGACUAUUGGCAACACAGCAGCCUAGUCAAAGCACACAGAAUGGAACCUGGACACCCGCCCCCAAGGAGCCCUGCUUGAGGUCGCCCUGCACCUCAGACCUCCAGCGCAGUAUUUACUUCUCAGGUCCAAAGGUGCACCCUCCUCGACUGGGAACUGAGUUCUUUGACCAGCCUGCAGUCUCCCUGGCCCGGGCACUUCUGGGACAGGUCUUGGUCCGGCGACUCCCUGAUGGCACAGAGCUCCGUGGCCGCAUCGUGGAGACUGAGGCAUACUUGGGGCCAGAGGAUGAAGCCGCCCACUCAAAGGGAGGCCGGCAGACCCCCCGCAACCGUGGCAUGUUCAUGAAGCCAGGGACUUUGUAUGUGUACCUCAUCUAUGGCAUGUACUUCUGCAUUAAUGUGUCCAGCCAAGGAGAUGGGGCGUGUGUCCUGCUGCGAGCACUAGAACCCCUGGAGGGCCAGGAGACCAUGCGACAGCUUCGCAGCACCAACCGGAAGAGCAUGGCCAGUCGAACCCUCAAAGACCGUGAGCUCUGCAGUGGACCCUCCAAGCUGUGCCAGGCCCUGGCUAUUGAUAAGAGCUUCGAUCAGCGAGACCUGGCCGAGGAUGAGGCUAUGUGGCUGGAGCACGGCUCCCUGACACCCAAUGGAUCAGCUGUGGUGGCAGCAGCCAGAGUGGGCAUUGGCCAUGCGGGAGAGUGGACCCGGAAACCACUACGCUUCUAUGUCCGGGGUAGUCCUUGGGUCAGCGUAGUAGAUAGAGCAGCUGAGCAGGAGAUUCAGACCUGAACAAGGAGCUACUCAUACUUUUUUUUUAACUGUUUCAAACCAAAUAAAUAAUUUAUUUGUAGAAGGUUGCA